GUUUUGAAAUAACAGACGAAGAAGAACGACUUCCGCUUUGAGCUCUCACUGACCGGAAAUAAACAAACCGAGACAAGCUGAGAGGAGGGAAGAGAUAACAGAGCUGCUGCAGCUAGUGACAGUGGUCUGGAUUGUGUGAGCAGCACACACUGCUCUCCACUAUGAUGACAACGAAAAGACUGGACAAUUUCGAGGUGGCCUGUGAGUGGGAUUCAUGCGACUUCAAGGGCCACACCAUGGAGGAGCUGAGUGAUCACAUGUCCCUGCAUCUAAAGGACUACCUGGGAGACAAUGAUGCCUUAGAGGAGCUGGAUGAGUUUGCUUGUCUCUGGAAUGGAUGUGAAUUUUUGUCCAUGGGAAGCCUCGCAGAGCUGGAGGUCCAUGCUUACUUCCACAACUAUCACGGUAAGCUCAAGUUCGUUGGGUCACAGCUGCUCAAGUCCCGUCCUGACCUGCCCAGCUGCAACCAAGGCAUCCACAGCAACAACCUCGUGCCCGAAGGAUCAGAUGGAUACGUUUGCCAGUGGGAGCACUGUGAUAGUACAUUCAACAAUCCUGAGUGGUUCUACCGACACGUUGACAAUCACGUUGAAAGUGCCGAGCCACAGUCUCUCCCACAACAACAGCAGGCUCUCUUCUGCCACUGGACAGGCUGCGAUGCAUUCUUCAAGAUCAGGUAUCGUCUGAGAGAACACAUGCGGAGCCACACACAGGAGAGACUCGUAGCCUGUCCCACGUGUGGCAGCAUGUUCUCCAGCAACACAAAGCUGUUUGACCAUCUUCACAGGCAGGCUGAGCCAGUCGAGUCGCUGGUUUGUGAACACUGUGGCAAAGCUUUUUCCAGCGAGAGACUUUUAAGGGAUCAUGUUCGUCAGCACGUGAAUCAGGUGAAGUGUCCCUUCUGUGACAUGACCUGCACCACUUUGGCAGCUCUGAAGAUCCACAUCAGGUUCCGCCACUGUGAUGAGCGGCCCUUCCCAUGUGACUUCUGUGACAAGAGAUUUAAAAAUCAGCGCGAUCUACAAAAGCACACAGAGGUUCACAACGAGGGCACCGUGUAUCACUGCACAGUGGAGGGUUGUGAUUAUUCCUGUCACACAUUCCAAACUAUGAGCCACCACUUCAAGAGGGUGCACGAGGUCGGGGGGCAGUCCAAAUAUAAAUGCCAUCUCUGUGAUAAGGUCUUCUCCUGGUGUUACACUCUCACACUCCACCUUCGCAAGAAGCACGAGCUGAAGUGGCCGUCUGGACACUCCCGCUUUAGAUACAGGAAGGAUGUAGAUGGCUUCCUCAAAGUAAACAUGGUGCGGUUUGAGACUGUGGAGGUCACGAAGGAGAUCAUGAAGAACAUGGCCAAAAAGCCGCAGAACCUUCGGAAAAGUCAGAGAACGAGCAGUCGGAAUAAGAGGGCUGAGAUCACACCAGAGAGCGGCCGGAGCUCCCCCGCAGGAUCGUCCUCGCCCUCGUCCAGCUCCUCCUCCUCAUACUCCUCAGAACUCUCUGGAGGCGAGGAUGUUUCAUCUCAGCCCAGCCCCAGAGGCAGUGACUCUCCUGUUUACUGUGUGAUGAGCACCAUCCCUCACAUUGAGGAGGAGCCUGGAGGAUUGUCUCAGGAGGACUGUGAUGUUAGUGGGACUUCUGGAGCAGUUCAGGCCCUAACCGAGGUUGCAAGGGGCCUCGGGAUGGACGUGGUUUGAUUCCUCCAUGCUGCACUGCACCAUGCAUCCAUUGCAGGCUCUCUUGUCGCUCGUAUGCGAUUAAAUUGGUUUGCCUGUUGCAGCGUACUCUACUGCGGCACUGUCGUUAAUGUAAGCCUUCUCCUGGUCUCCAGUGUUUGUGGAGCGGUGUUACGCUGAGAUCACUUCACCAGUUCCAGAGACCACGCUAACAUUUUAGCAGUUCCGAUGCUUCAGCGUAGCUUUGCAGUGUAUCUCGAUAAGGAGACUGCCUGUAAAACAUUUUUACAGCAGAGUCAGCACUGAGAUUUGGGUAUUUUUUAAAAUGCGGGUACAACUACUGAAAAUAGGCAAUCCACUUUUUUCCCAUUGCUAAUAGACGGGUUUACCUUGUUUUUUUCUUUUCCUGGUGUAUCCCAUUUGACGACACAAAUGUGCCAUAGAACAGGAUACAGUAGGAAGCAGCAUGGAGGCCUUUUUAAUGCCUUUGACUUCAGUCUCUUUCAAACUCUGUGCCGACUGAAUGAUGUUUGAAAGCAGCAAGAACGUGGUGGAUAAAAAAAAAACAAUGACGCACCAACGUUCCUAACUCCAACAUGCAUCGUAGCAACCAGCUGGAAAAUGGGCAGAGAUUUGCGUCUCCAUCCAGUUGUCACAUUUCCAUCACUGCUGGUUGGAGCUAGAUAGAUCUCUGAUAAAAGACCUGUAAAUGCUGUGGAGUAAUUUAAGCAGGGAAUGAAUGCUGAUUGUACACUUUCCAACAGAAGACAAAAGCCAGAUGUUGGUUGUUUUUUUCUUCCAGUAUGAAACGUUUAGAGGUUCAUGUUUCUGACCAAUAGUUAAGUUCAAGCACUACAAAGCCAGAUGUGUGAAAUGUUGUGAUUUACACACCAUGUUCCAUUUUCUGUGAUAUUUUCCAUGAUGGUGCCUGAUGAAGGACUUCAGAAGACAUUAUUUUUUAUUGCAGCCUUGAAUGUUGCUUAAUUUUAUUGUUAUAAAUUUUAAAUACAUUUUUUUCUACAAAAGUAAAA